CAUGGCUGCAAUGAAUGAAUCCAGAUGCCAAUGAUGUCAUAAUCCUACAUGAGUUAGUAAACAUAUUUCAAUGAAAUUAACUUGAGAAUCGAUAUUGUUUAUUCUUUUGUUGAUUAUUGACAAGGUUUUUUGCAGUGUAUCUUUAUACAACCCUUGUAAGAUUAUGACAUCAUUGACAUUGGGAUCCAUUAAUUGCAGUCAUGCCUUACUUUGGGCUAGGUAAAAUAUAAUCAAUGUCAUAGUAAUUAUUAGCCUUUCAUUUCAUAUAUAUCAAAUUUAUCUAUGACAAAAAAAAAACAAUUAAAUACGAAGUGUUCCAUGACCUUAAAGUUUUGUUACCUCUGGUUACAUACUCAUGAAUUAUUUUCCAAGGUCUGUCAAUAUUUUGUUCUUUUUCUGCAACAGGAUCUCUUGAUUAGUUCAAGCCUGAAUAUCUGAUUAUAGAAAGUGCUUAACGAGAUACGUUAUUAAUCAUGCAUCAUUGCGACUGCAGUGUGUAUUUCCGAGCGCGUUAUAGGGGUGGGGGUGGUGGAAGGUGCGGGAGAAAUGGCUUCAUUUGCGAGUGAAAACCCUGUAUUAUUUUGUUGCUGGCUUGUCUAUAGACUGCCGACGACGUAAGCAAGGUUUUGAACUUGAAGGGAGGGGCAUUUGUAUCAAAGGGUAUGGUAUCUCCACAACCCCGAGGCAUGCCAAGGAUAGUAUAGCAACGGCGGAAGGAAUUACAACUUCGUCUCUUAUUCAUAAUCGAUCUCAUUUUAUAUGAGAAAGAAAUGACUGCCGAGAGCAAUUGAUUAUGAAGGUACAGAUAUUUAACGGUCACAUGAGUCUAUGGAUGCCCUGUGUGUGAAACCGCCAUAUGUAUGGUAUUGACUUGUUGCCGGUAUAAUCUUAUUCACCAUCAUCUCUUGCUUUUAAGGUUAGAUGCGAUUAAAAUAACCAAACAUUCAAAAUUCAACACAUUUUUAAGAAAACAAAAAUCGGAUAAGGAAUAUGGUUGUUGGUUAUAUGAUAUAUUGUUGCUUUCUUACGGUCAGUCGAGUUAAGAGUUUUAAAUGAGCAUCAAAAAAGACUUUCUUCAUCGUUCAUAGAAAGUCUCAUGAGGUGCCGGUCAGUGCAGACUUUGAGGUAGUGGAAAUUGCAAGUGCAACGUACAGCUAUGGACACACCAGCAAUAAUCAUCGCCAGCCUGAUCUGUCUCCUAUUUGGAUUAUCGGUAUCUGGAAUGUCAGAAAUCACGUGUUACGAUGGUGAGACUGGAGGACGUCGAAAAUGUCAAUUUUCAGAUUGCCUGAGACGUAAAUGCAAAAGUACUUCAUGUGAGAGGACCAAAGAUGCUGCGGUCAUGUCGAGGUUUGGCGAGCAAUUAAUCAACUGUGGACGAACCGUUCUAGCUUGUGACAGUAACCCAUGUUCUCACCUGCUCCAUGGACGGUGCGUCGAGACUAGCGAUGGGUAUGUCUGCGUUUGCGAGGACGGAUGGACAGGAUCUAACUGUGAUUUGGAUUCGUCACAAUGGAUAUGUUCUAAUUCAACUGUUAGAUGCUACAAUCACUCACCUGCAAAGCUUUCUUACGAUGCUGCACUUGCCUACUGCAACGGUAAGAACCCAGUGUCACCUAUACCAGAGACAGGAGACGCCUCAUUGCUGUUUGUGAGCACAGAGAUCGGAGAAGUCGAAAGCCUUUUAAGCAUAACUGAAGAGUACGUUUGGAUCAAUUGCAAUGACACUAUCACUGAGGGCGAGUUCAUCUGCGUAAUCGAUGCUGGUGGCACCACGACACCCAUAAGAAACUGGAGAUCGAACCAACCAGACGGUGGUUUGUCUCAGCAGUGUGUUGCUGUGAGUACUGUUCACACUGAAUGGGAGGAUAAAGCAUGUUCAGAGGUGUACGACACAGUCUGCCAGAUACAUAUCUCUUCUCCGCUGGAUAUCGACGAAUGUGCAAGCAACCCAUGCCAGAACGGGGAGUGUACAGAUGACGUUUACUUCUUCUCUUGCUCCUGCGAUGCAGGGUGGGAAGGAGAACUAUGUGACCAACUUAUUCCUCCCAGCGUUUGUGACAGUAACCCGUGUUCAUACAUGUUGAAUGGACAGUGCACGGAAAUAACCAAUGGAUACACAUGUGAAUGCAACACUGGAUGGACAGGAAUCAGAUGUGAUUUAGAUGAGUUACAGUGGCAGUGCUCUGAUACAACGGCUAGGUGUUAUAAUCAUGCAAGUUCAAAUUUUUCUUACGAUGGUGCACUGGCCUACUGUGAUGGUAUGAACCCAGUAUCACCGAUAGAUGAAACAGGAGAUACGUCACUGCUGUUCGUAAGCACCUCGGCGGAGAUCGGAGAUGUUCAGACUUUAUUUGGUAUUACAGAGGAGUACGUAUGGGUCAACUGUAACGAUCGGUCCGUCGAAGGCCAGUUCGUCUGCGUAAUCGACGCCAAUGGUACAAUCACCUCUGACACUAAUUGGAGAUCUGAUCAACCCGGUGGUGGUUUAUCCCAGCAGUGUGUUGCUGUGAGUACUGUACACACUGAAUGGGAGGAUAAACCGUGUUCAGAGGAGUACGAUACAGUCUGUCAGAUACAUAUAGUACCUCUUGAAGACGUGGAUCCAUGCACGAGCAACCCAUGUCAGAACGGGGACUGUGUCGCAAGUGAGGGAAUAUUUACAUGUACAUGCCAUGACAGCUGGUCAGGGAAUCUUUGUGACAUAGAAUGGAAAUGCACAGCGACCAAGUGUUUUCAUCUGUCCACCGAAGACAUCACUUUCAGCGAUGCAGUUGCUUAUUGUGAUAAUCUCAACCCUGUCACUUUAAACCAAACCAUUGUAACUGGGACCAAGAACGCAUCCGUUCUAUUCGUCGGUUCCGACGCAGAAAUUACCGAGGUUGAGGGUCUAUUUGAUUAUUUUUCAUCAACUCGUCAAGUCUGGGUGAAUUGUAUCGAUGAAGACUCAGAUACAAAUUAUGUCUGUACCAUGGAUCACAUAGGGACACUGACGAGUACUAGAAACUGGAGGUCCGACCAACCAAACGGUGGUGGUAGUCAAGACUGCGUUGCCGUGGUAACAGAUGAUAAUAAAUGGCAGGACAAACGUUGCACCGAUACCUAUAACACAAUUUGUCAAAUAUACAGAGUACCGGUUGCCGAUAUCGACGAGUGUUCUAGUAACCCCUGUAUAAAUGGAGUAUGUACAGACGGUCUUGGGAGUUUUACUUGUACUUGUGAUGAAGGAUGGAGAGGAAAACUAUGUGAUACCAUAUUUGAAUGGAAAUGUACAGCGACCAAGUGUUUUCAUCUGUCCACCGAAGACAUCACUUUCAGCGAUGCAGUUGCAUACUGUGAUAGUCUCAACCCUGUCACUUUAAACCAAACCAUUGUUACUGGGACCAGGAACGCAUCUGUUCUAUUUGUAGGCUCCGACGCAGAAAUUACCGAGGUUGAGGGUCUAUUUGAUUAUUUCUCAUCAACUCGUCAAGUCUGGGUGAACUGUAUUGAUGAAGACUCAGAUACAGAUUAUGUCUGUACCAUGGAUGACAUAGGGACACUGACGAGUACUAGAAACUGGAGGUCUGACCAACCAAACGGUGGUGGUAGUCAAGAUUGUGUUGCCGUGGUAACAGAUGAUAAUAAAUGGCAGGACAAACGUUGCACUGAUACCUAUAACACAAUAUGUCAAAUAUACAGAGUACCAGUUGCCGAUAUCGACGAGUGUUCCAGUAACCCCUGUAUAAAUGGAGUAUGUACAGAUGGUCUUGGGAGUUUUACUUGUACUUGUGAUGAAGGAUGGAGAGGAGAACUAUGCGAUACCAUAGUUGAAUGGAAAUGUACAGCGACCAAGUGUUUUCAUCUCUCCACCGAAGACAUCACUUUCAGCGAUGCAGUUGCUUACUGUGAUAGUCUCAACCCUGCCACUUUAAACCAAACCAUCGUAACUGGGACCAGGAACGCAUCUGUUCUAUUUGUAGGCUCCGACGCAGAAAUCACCGAAGUUGAGGGGCUAUUUGACUAUUUCUCAUCAACUCGUCAUGUCUGGGUGAACUGUAUUGAUGAAGACUCUGAUACGAAUUAUGUCUGUACCAUGGAUGACAUAGGAACACUAACAGAUACUAGGAACUUCAGAUAUGACCAGCCGAAUGGUGGGGGAAGCCAGGACUGUGUUGCCGUUGUAACGAACGACAAUAAAUGGCAGGACAAAAGUUGCUCAGAAACUUACAACACCGUGUGUCAAAUAUACAGAGAUCCUGUUGCUAAUACUGAUGAGUGUGCAAGUAAUCCUUGUCAAAAUGGCGUUUGUAACGAUGGUCUUGGAGUGUAUUCAUGUACGUGCAACGAGGGAUGGCGUGGUGAUUUCUGCCAUAUCGAAGUUGAAUGGAAAUGCACCGAUACAAAGUGUUUCCAUGUCUCACCUGAAGAAGUCACCUUUGAUGAUGCUGUUGCUUACUGUGACAGUUUUAACCCGGUCACUUUAAACCAGACCAUCGUAACUGGUACCAGGAAUGCAUCUGUUCUUUUCGUCGGUUCCGACACAGCCAUUACCGAGGUCGAGACUCUGUUUGAUUUCUUCUCAUCAACUCGCCAUGUCUGGGUGAACUGCAUUGAUGAGGAUUCGGAUACACGGUUUGUCUGCACGGCCGAUGAUGAAGGGACACUGACUAAUAUCAGACAUUGGAGAUACGACCAGCCAAAUGGCGGGGGCAGUCAAGACUGCGUUGUUGUAAAAACAAGUGACAACAAGUGGCAAGACAAAAGUUGCACUGAACCAUACAACACUGUGUGUCAGAUAUACAGAGUUCCUGUUGAGGAUAUAGACGAAUGCACUCCCACAAACCCGUGUGUAAAUGGAAAUUGUGUAAAUGGCAUAGGAGGUUUCAACUGUAGCUGUAGCCAGGGCUGGAUUGGGGAUAUAUGUGAUGAAGCUGUUGAAUGGAGAUGCUCGGAAACCAAGUGCUACCACCUGUACCCUUACUACCAACGAUUUGACGAGGCUGUUAGCUACUGCACCAGUCUCAGCCCAGCGACAGUGAAUGCAACCAUCACGGGGGACUCCUCACUCCUCUUCGUUGGCUCUGAUGACGAGAUUGUCGAGGUUGAAACUUUGUGGGGAAUAUCAUCUACUCUGUUCAUCUGGGUCAACUGCAAUGAUAGGCAGACCGACGGGGACUUCGAAUGUUUCUCAGACGCGGAAGGUACACUUGCCGGAGAACGAAAUUGGCUGUCUGGCCAACCAAAUGGAGGGGAGAGCCAGGGAUGCGUUGCCGUGGAAACAGACGACAACAAAUGGCAGGACAAAGAAUGCGAUAAUCUCUACAAUACCGUCUGUCAAAUACUAAUAUAAUAUAUUCAACACAUGCAUAAUAUAUAAAUAUGUUUGUACAUUCUGAUAAAUAAUAAUUUUAAACAAGAAUAAACAUACCUUUCAUUCUGUCUAAUCUUAAGAAUAUGACAAACAUCGAACGGUCACCCGACCCCUUAAUGAAGUAGUACAAAGACAAAUGUAUGCAAUUGUUUAUCAUGAAGUCUCACAUCUACGCAAAAUGUCAUGUAGAACCUUAAAAUGUCGAUUUAUUUAUUUCUUUAUGAGUUACGUCAUAUGCGCACUGUAUUUUAUAGAGCAGAUGGACUCUGAAAAUAUCGAAAUACUUUUAACAUAUUUUUUUAACGGGGUAAAUAAUCAUAGAGCGAUAUAUUUACAAUUUGGAUUAGGGUAAAUGGUUGGAUAUGUUUUCAAAGUAUGAGGCAAACACUUUGAACGAUUCAUAAAACUCACCACAGAGACAAUUACUCCCAUGAACAAGUUUGAACAGAUAAAUAAUGAAACCUUCCCAGAUUUUAACCCAUGUUAUUACUCCUAGGUUACUAAACUCAUCCACACACAAUUUUACCCCAAGGAUAUGAAACGCUUCUAACCCAAAUUUUGAUUUGAAAUUAUGAUAAGAAAAUAACGUCAGGACAAAAUCAGGAGGAGCACCAUGGCUGAGUGGCAAGACGACCUGAGAGUGACGUAAUUUCUUUAAUUGCAUAAUAGGCAAGGUUUAUUUCCAAUUCUAAUCAUGCCAAUUCGUACGUCUACUAUCAUUUGGUCUAACCACCAGUUCGUCCACUCACCACAUGGUCCACUUUCAUUUAGUAUAAUGCCAUUCCGUCUAAUAACCAGUUGGUCCAAUAUCCAUGAGUCCAUAUACCAUUUGGUCUUAUUGGACUAAGUGGUGAAUUGUGCAAAAUGAAUGAAAAUUAAUGGAUAUUAGACCAUCUGGUUUUGAGACGAAAUGGUGAUUAGACGAAGUGAUGAUUGGACCAUAAUGGAUCAAAUGGUUGUUAGACGAAUUGUUGAUGGACGGAAUGGCAUUAGACUAAAUGAAAGUAUACCACGUGGUGAGUAGACGAAUUGGCAAUUUACCAUAGGCAAUGGGGGUAAUACAAAUUUCUACGAAACCAUACAGGUGGAUAAAAUAAGAUAUUCACCUCUUUGUACUACACCACUUUUUCGGACUCUUUGUACUACACUAUCUGUUUUUCUUCUACUUUUCAUUUUUUCCCAUUAAUUGAAAUUUUACAGGGGUAUUAGCCCCAUAACCAGCCCCCUUCCAUCUCCUGAAGAGUAGCCCCUGGAACAAUUGCCACAUGAAAAACUCUCUGUAUGCUUCAAACAUGUCCUAGAAUCAUCUUUAAGAUUAUAUAGAUGCAAUAUCUGCGGUGUAGAUUCGAAAAAAAUUCAAAGUGUUAAUCUGCAAUUGCAAAAAUACAUUCAAUCAUUUGCAAUGUCAUGCUGUGGUUUUGUUUGAAUAGUGUUUAUUUGUAGGCAUUUAAAGUGUGCAUUUUAAUUUUAAUUUAAAGUGUGCAUAUUAUUACCCCGGCUAAAGCCGGGGUAAUAAUAAUAGCAGGGCCCGCUGGUAGAACAGUUUUCGAAACUGAAGUGGCUUCCUUCGGUAAAUAUACCUUUAUUAUUAUUAUUAUUUUGAGGAUUUUCAGCAGAGUAAAAUAUUUUGUUUCUAUCAUCAUCGCCGUGGGUCAAGUUCAUUGGCAAUGUGUCACUGGUGUUGUUAAUUGUCAUUUCAUCACGUAAUAGUGAUAAAUUGAAUUAUAGAUAGCCAAUAACAUUAAAUGUAAAUGUAUAUAAAUGUUUAUUCAGAAUCUGGUUUCUUCUUCUUCUUCUUCUGGAAACAGUACAGUCCACCAUCUGGUGUAUUGUCGUACUGGUUUGUACUGUCGUACUCGUUUGUUCAGCUAAUUCAAUACAAUACUAAAGUCUUUAAUGAUUAAGCGCCCAGGCAGCCCAGGUAAAGCCAUCGCCCUGAAAAGCGGGGAUGCUGGGGUUAAAGAACCCCCAAGAUUUUCCAGGGGGUGCUGCGUGUAUUAUUUUACAUAGACAGCACCCCCUGGAAUUCUGGUUAGUGUGUCAAAUAAGAGAAAUGUAUGGUGUUUUAAUCCUUUUUUUCUUCUUUCUUUUUGCUUGUCGAAUUUACUUCAGCACCCCCAG